AUCGACGAGAGCGACCUGCCCCAUCGAACGAAGAUGACGGAGCUUAUAGAAGAGCGCUUCAAGAAGGAGUUCGAAAGCAUGCGAGUCGAGAUGGAGAAUUCGCCGGGGCGCAUCGCGUUUACCAUGGACGUAUGGUCGCGCGUCAACCUAGAGAGUUAUUUGGCUAUAACAGCUCAUUAUGUCCAUACGACUCCUGCGGGUCAG